CUUUCAGAAUGUUGGAUCAGAUUCCGGUAAGAUUAUGGCAGAAUAUAGCCACACACAAAACCAGAUGGAAUUACAAAAUGCUGGUCUGGGAAAGGGUUCUGUGGCGAAUUCCCUUGAAAACGGUCUUCAGGAUAUUAUGGAAAACCUCAGCACGAAGAAAUAUUCAUCAAGUCUCAAAUUUAAAACAAAUGGGGACUAUGCUGGCUCAUAUUUAACCCUUUCACAACCUAUCCCGGUUAAACCUAAUUCUUCCUCGAGUGUUAAAAAUAUACAUUCUAUUAGCAAAAUUCAAGGAGGCAAGCAGUUUCCCUGUGAAAGCCCUUAUCUUCCAGACAAAAGCAUCUCUGUGAAGCAUUUGGGUUCUCUGUCAGGCACAUCUCCAUCCCUCAGUGGGUACAAUUUAGGAAGGACAGACUUUGAUAUUCAUGCCAGCAGAGAAAAUGAAAAAUCCCUUGGACACAUGGAUAAGUUCCACUACUCAAAGUACAGUCAGAAAAACAAGUCAUAUGACAAUGUUUACUUCCCAGGAAUGCUGGAGACAAAGAAAAUCUCGGGCUCUCUUCUGACCAUGUGGAAUGGAAGCUCAGGAAAUGAGCUGAUGCGUUCACCUGCUAGCAAUUCAGGAGCGGCCAGCAUGCCUUCCAGCCCAAAGCAAGGCAGGAGGAUGAAUGUUGAAGACAGUCUGGCCCCUCACAUAAAGCCAGUUAAGCAGAAGGAUGUGAUGAUGGAGACUCUGAAUUCCCGGCCUCGGAAGUACUCUGGUGGAUCUCUAAGCCAUAUGGGAAUGUACAGUCGCUCCCUACCCAGACUUUAUAGACCAACAGAAAGCCAGCUGGUGCCAUUAAGUUUACCCCCCAGAAGCUCUCUGAGUAAUACUAAAAGAAAAAAACUUGGAGAAAAAGAUCUACCUCAGAAUGCUUUAGAUGCUGAUAAUUACCUGAAUUUUUCUUCUUGCAGCUCAGGGGUUUCACCACACACAAACUCUGUCUCUGGGAAUAAUCCCUAUGUUAGCUCGACCCUUAGUGUUCCUGCAAGUCCUCGGAUAGCUAAAAAAAUGCUUUUAGCACCUUCUCCCCCAUAUCUUUCUGAUGAUUUUGAUAGACUUGGACUCUCAGGAACAAGUCCCAGUAGUUCUUUCUCCCCAGUGGAUUUUGACAGGUCGUUCUCUGUCCGAAGAAACCUUUCCACCAGUUCUGUGGAACUUGAUGACCCAGAUCUGGAAAGUUACAGGCAGACGCCAAACUCCAUGCAGACAUCCAUGCGGGAGCGGAAGAGCAGCAUUAGCUCCAUUUCAGGAAGAGAAGACCUCAUGGACUAUCACAGGAGGCAGAGGGAGGAGCGGCUUCGGGAGCAGGAGAUGGAACGGCUGGAGCGGCAGCGACUGGAGACAAUCCUCAAUCUGUGUGCAGAAUACUCCAAACCUGACAGUGACCCCUCUGCAGCUACAACAGUUGCUGAUGUUCAGAAAAUUAACAAAGAACUCGAAAAACUUCAGCUGUCUGACGAGGAUUCAGUGUUUGAGGACUCCCAGAUGAAUCUGGAGCCGAGGUUCAGAGGCCACCUGAAGUCGUCAGCCAGCGACUCGGAUUUCUCAGAGUUGAGCAGCCACAGCCGUGGCACUGCCACCAUCUUCUCCUCGCGAGGGCCGAGGGCCGAUGACCACUUAGACGAGAGCGCCAGGCCUCCACCCUUUGCUGUGUCCAGCUUCCUGAAGGAUGCCCCUGAGUCCUCCUACCUGAGCAUCACACCAAAGAUACCAGAAUGUACAAGUGAUGAGCAAAGAGGGCGGGAACUUGGUCGACUGGAAGAGGAGCGCAUAGCAAUACUAAAUAACUUGGAAGAACUUGAGCAGAAGAUCAAAGAUUUGAAUGAUCAGAUGGAUGAAUCCUCAAGAGAGUUGGAUAUGGAAUGUGCCCUUUUGGAUGGGGAACAGAAAUCUGAAACAACAGAGCUGCUGAAAGAGAAGGAAAUACUGGAUCAUCUAAACAGAAAAAUAGCUGAGCUGGAGAGAAAUGUUAUUGGUGAAAAAACAAAGGAAAAAUUAAAACUUGAUGCUGAGAGGGAAAAACUAGAGAGGCUUCAGGAGCUUUACUCCGAGCAGAAGACGCAGCUUGAUAAUUGCCCUGAGUCCAUGAGGGAACAAUUACAGCAGCAGCUGAAGAGGGAUGCUGAUAUUUUGGAUAUAGAAAGCAAACACUUUGAAGAUUUGGAAUUUCAGCAACUUGAACAUGAAAGCAGAUUAGACGAAGAGAAAGAAAAUCUGACACAGCAGCUCCUGCGUGAAGUAGCUGAGUACCAGCGUAGCAUUGUCAGUAGAAAGGAAAAGAUUUCUGCUCUCAAAAAGCAAGCCAAUCAUAUUGUCCAACAAGCACAAAGAGAACAAGAUCAUUUUGUGAAAGAGAAAAACAACUUAAUAAUGAUGCUGCAAAGAGAAAAAGAGAAUCUUUGUAAUCUGGAAAAGAAAUAUUCCAUGCUUUCUGGAGGAAAGGGAUUUCCUGUCAGUCCCAACAGUCUGAAAGAGGGCUAUGUCAGUGUAAGUGAAAUUAGUGAGCUGUAUGGCAAUUCCACGAGUAUAUCCCCUUCCACUCAGCCCCCCACAGAUGCUGAAGCAGUUGCCACUGAGCCUUCCACGGCUGUGCUGACGAGCCAGCCACAAAAUAAAGAGCAUUUCAGAAACCUGGAAGAGCGGAAGAAGCAGCAAAGGGAGUGCAUGUACAUGAGUGACACUUUACCUCGCAAGAAGACAACGCCGUCCGUGUCACCGCACUUCAACAGCGCUACGCUGGGACGCAGUGUUGCAUCUAAAGGACAUUUACCAUUAGGACAGAGCAACAGCUGUGGCAGUGUGCUUCCUCACUGCCUGGCAACCAUGGCCAAAGAGUCAGAGUCCAGAAGGAUGCACAAAGGGUACAACCAUCAGCGUGUCUGUGAAAACCAAAGGCAGAAGUCUCCUGAGUUCUACAGCAGAACAGCAUCUGAGUCAAACGUGUAUUUGAACAGCUUCCAUUACCCAGAUCGCAGCUACAAGGACCAUGCCUUUGAUACGUUAAGCUUGGAUAGUUCUGACAGCAUGGAGACAAGCAUAUCAGCUUGCUCACCUGAUAACAUUUCCAGUGCUAGCACUUCAAACGUUGCAAGAAUAGAAGAGAUGGAGAGACUUCUGAAACAAGCACACGCUGAAAAGACCAGGCUGCUGGAGACCAGGGAACGGGAGAUGGAAGCUAAGAAACGAGCUCUGGAAGAAGAAAAGCGCCGCAGAGAGCAACUAGAAAAAAGACUGGAAGAAGAAACUAGCCAGAGGCAAAAAUUAAUUGAAAAGGAAGUCAAAAUACGUGAGAAACAAAGAGCACAGGCCCGUCCCUUGACUCGGUAUUUGCCCGUUAGAAAGGAAGACUUUGACCUCCGAAGUCACAUCGAGACAGCUGGCCACAACAUAGAGACCUGCUACCAUGUCUCCCUCACAGAGAAGACCUGCCGAGGCUUCCUGAUUAAAAUGGGAGGGAAAAUUAAAACAUGGAAAAAGCGAUGGUUUGUUUUUGACAGAAACAAGAGAACAUUUACUUACUAUGCAGACAAACAUGAAACUAAAUUAAAAGGCAUAAUAUAUUUUCAAGCUAUUGAAGAAGUCUAUUAUGAUCAUCUAAAGAAUGCAUAUAAGAGUCCCAACCCAUUGCUCACUUUCAGUGUGAAGACCCAUGACCGGAUAUACUACAUGGUCGCUCCUUCACCAGAAGCCAUGAGAAUAUGGAUGGAUGUGAUUGUCACCGGUGCAGAGGGCUACACCCACUUCAUGUUAUAACAGACAGGGGUGACAGGGCAUCCUGCAAUAAUGUCACAUACAAAGUUAGCCAUACGUAGUAGUGAAAUCCAAAAAGCCAGUGAAUACUCUCAAGUAUCCUCCUCAUGAUGUGCACCCAUAACCUCAGGAUGAGAGGGGUUUACAAAUGCAUUGAAAAGGGGGGUGGGGGGCGUUACUUGUUUUAGUUGAUGUUUAUAGCAAUGAAAGAGCAAAAGCUGUUGAGAGAAUCCUAGUGCUCCAAAAUGGAUCAUCAGGCAAUGUCAAUUACAGCAUCUUGACUCAAUGGCAAUUGUCUUGUACAGAGAAUGUCUUGGUAAACUCCUACUAAACAAUCUGGAAAUGUGUGUUCUCAUCAGUAAGCAAGAAUCCUAGUAAUGGAGCAAAAAGGUAUAGCAAGCAUAUAUUUUAAUAUGCAGCAUCAUUUAUAGAUGAUUAGGUGACUUUUUAAAACUUUUAGUCAAGUAUUUUAUAAAAACAUAAACAAAAAAGUGACCCUAAGGCGCACACAGCUCUUGCCUUAGCAGUUAAUUAUUACAACAGAGCCAAAGAGUUAUCCAGUCCCCUUACCAUGACGUCUUCAUGUAGGUAGUUGUACCUAACUUUCUGUGAGGGGACAGUGCCAAAACUCUUCAUGACUUUUAAAUGUAAUUAAUUUGUUAUGAUAUUCCGGGUGGUCAAACACUUAGUGGCACCAACUGUCUGCAUCUAUGGAAUGCAAAAAAAAAAAAGGAUAGCUUUAUAAAGAUGCAUUUUUCCACAAGGCUAUGAAAUGGAAACACAUGUAUUAACUCCCUUAUGGGGGGGAGAGGGGAGGUAAAAUCUUCCCUGUUGAAUAGAAUUGGCUGAUUCUAGACCCUACAGCAAUCUUCAUUUGUGCAUAGUUCUAACCUUACUCUGUGCCAUGUGAACGCUCUACUGAAACCUCUCAAAUAUUGAUCCUCUUGAAGUCAGUAUCAAAAUCUCUACCUAUUUAAAUUCUUUGGAGCCAGGUUUUCAGCCCCAGAGAUUUUUUUUUUUCCAAAUGCAUAUCUGCACAGAAUAAUGCUAAUAAUUAGAUUAAAAAGAGAAAGGCAAGUUCUAAGAAUUUAUGCGAAGAGGUAUGAAAAAAAACCAAAAACAAACAAAAUUUUAAGUAGCAGAGAGGGUGAGAUUCCUGAAACUAUAAAAAUUCUGAAGGUGCAGUGAUAACCUAUUUUAAAAUCACUUGCAAGUCUUUGAGUACUAUUGCAGAAACAUAAAUUAUUUAAUUGAACUGAACUCCAAGAAAGCCUUUCAUAAUACGGCUUUCAAGUGGUUCUAUUUCAAUAAUCAAAACUUUAACGUGCUAAGUCCUAUGUGUAACAGAUGAAAGCACAUUAGACUUUUUCUUGAUGAAAAGUUAAUGGCUUUUGAUGGACAAAAACUGAAAGCAGAACAGAAGUGUGCUGGCAGAAUGUUUUUGUCACGCUUUUUAAGCUCUUUAUCUGUACUGAACAAGUUGAAUUUUUUUGUGGUGUAUACAGGUGAUACAGUUGUUCUAGCACAGCAAACAUCAGAUUCGACCUGAAUCAUGAAAGAAGGGACUGUUGUUGCAAGAUAAUUGUUAUCAUCUGUGCUGAUCACAGCUUGUAAUCUAAUGAUUUAAAACACUAUCAGAGAUAAAUUGCUUUGGUUUAUA